GACACUCGGGCAUGCCAAGCGCGAGCGCACCCGGUUCAGUAAGCCAGCGACGGUGGUUUCGAGCGUUUGUGUGGUCACAGAGUGUUUUUGGCUGUGGCAAGUGAGCGUCCGCCAGCGUCGAGACGCAUCACCGCAAUCCGACAGCGAUCCAGUUUAAUGGUUCUUCGAGCACACGCGCGUUAUAAUUGCACUUUACCGCAUCAAUCGACCGACGGACGGACGGUGCCGUCCAUUAACGAAUUCGUGUCGUAAUCCGUCGUACCGCGGUUCGUCCUGUUCUGUGUCCACGGUGACUUGGCCUGCCAGGUGUUAUGCCAUCGGUGUAGUGGAUCCUUCCCGGUGCAUCGGUGCUGAAAAGUGAAGUUGCAGUUGCGCCGACCGAUUCGCUAACGGUAAUGUGCGGCGUGUAGUGCGCGUCGUUGCUGAUCUGCAUCAGCUGAGGGCGAAUGUUGGGGUGCGCGAGCGUUUUCGACGCGAGUGAUUCGACUCGGUGUAGUUUGAAAGUUGCAUUUCCAGCUGAUCCAGCUGAUACGACACUUUCACUCUUCCUAAACUACGGUGCACACGCCAUACAUACAUAACAUGUGGCCAGUGGAAACUCAUAUCUGACUACGGAACGGAGUGCUUACAGCGAAACAAAAAAAAAAACGCCCGACACAGCAUCCACCUUCACCCGUGAAACGUAACACGACUCCAGUCCGUCGCCAGCCGUUUGCGUGCUCCAGUUCCGGUUCUAAGAGUGUGUGGUGUGUGUGCGCGCGUGAUCUUUCGCCGUGCGUACGUUCUAAGGCGCAAUGAACAACAGAAGACAUCAACGAUGGAUGAGGCAACGAACGCUGCCACUAUUCAUGGUCACAGCGAUGUGCAUCAUCGGAUUAGAAGGAACGAUGAUAAGACCGGGACCGGGUCCGAUUGCUCACCACCACACAAAGGAUGCCACUGCUCGGCGGGACACUCAUCAGCCCGGCGUUGAUCCUUUGUUGGUAGAGGCGGUAGCUGCGACGGUACCGCGAAACGGCAGCUCGAGCUCAUCAUCCAGCCUGUCUGCCGCCGAUCGGCACCGGAGGCUGAUACCCUACAUGCAGUACUACGUAACGUCGACGGCCGGACCACCGGCGUCCGGGGGAACCGAUAAUGCGGACUAUCAGCCGUCGUUCAACCAGGUCUAUAAUUAUAGGCCGAUCAAUGUUCCCGUCCGGCAGGAACCUGCGGGCGACGUGCGGCAAAAUUAUUACACUCCCAAGCACGCCAAACCGCAGCCAUCGGCUGUGUACCGGCAGCAGGAGGAAACGCUUACAUACGAGGUACAGCAGCGACCGCUGCACCGUAAGCAGUACUACAGCACGGCGACAAAGUUGAUUUCAUCCAGCGGGCUUAAGUCACUCCCGUCGGUCAGCAUUAGCCCGUUCGCGUACGAGUACAAUCACCGACAUCAGCAGCAGCAGCAGCACCAGCAACAAACGCCCGUGAAAGUAGUGUCCCUGGGUGGAUCGGGCUCACCAACGUCCUACUCGGUGCUCAAUACCGGUGCCGAUCACGGAACCGAUGGUGACAUUUACGAACGACCGAAGUACGCCGUCAUACCGCGGGAGCGCGAUCAGUACGAGCAGGUGCCACCACGGUUUGCCGUGCUGCCCCAGAAGCUGUACGGUGUGGAGAUGCACACAAAGCACGAGACCGAUGAGGGUGAUUUACCGCCGGGUAAAUACUUUCUACCGACGGUGGCUAGUGAGCUGGCUCCAUCACGUAAACCGGCACUGUACCAAUCGGUUCCGGGCACGUACAAGAAGAAGAUCAUUAAUCCAUUUCUGCCAUCGAACACCAUACCGGGCCCGUUUACACCCAUGACUGGUGGAAGUGGCGGUAGCUCCAGUGGCACUAGCUCCCUCACAGCUAGUUCCCCGCAUCAGCAAGAAGCGGGACGUGGUACGUCGGGAGGUUCGCAGAUUUCGUACCUUAAGAACGCAGUUACCGAACAGCCGACCGUGGCCGUGUACUCAUCGUACGAUCAUGGUGCUCCGGUUCAGGAUAGCCGAGCCCACGGGGAAGCUGUAUCCUCGCCGUACGUGGUCGUCAAAACCGUCCCAAAGUACUACUACGAAAAACCAAGGAUUUCAGUGUCGACCCCGUCGACUCCAGUCCCGUACCAGGUGUACUACAAAGAGAAGCCCAGCGAGGGCCGCAAGCAACACUCCAAUCACAGUGGUUACACAAGACCACGGAUACCAGGAGGAGUGGUUCCGGUAAGACUUUCCGUCGAUCCACACAAUCAUGCUGGUGAGCCCCAGUCCGAACAACCUUCUGGGUCGUAUUACAAAAUUGGACAACAGCUGUACAAGGUCCAGGAACACUCUCCUGCACCGACGAAGCUUCAAUCCUUACCACCUCCGAGACAACAUCUGACAGAAACGAUCCUGCCCCAGAAGGUAGUUGUGCCGGAACUGGUAUCUGGGGGCGGUAAGAGUCCAUCCGGCUCUGGCCAGUACUUCAUAGGACCGAACUACAAGGUGUACAAAGUACCGGUGAAACAUCAUCACGUACUACCCGACUCCCAAUCGUACGUCCCUUACUCACACGCCCCACAACCGGUGGCAACGUACUCCAGCACUACGCCAAGACCUGUGAGCUAUUCUUCCGUGUCGCCCGUCAGUACCGUGCCACCACCAGUUCACGAAACACCUCACUACCCGGUUUAUCAUCAUCAACCUUCCAAACCGGCCAGGAACAAUCGCACCGAGUACGCCAACCGGCAACGCUUCUAUCCCCAAUCGAUGCGCCAUCCAAGCCAGCAUAAGCCACGACCCAUUCCGCUAGCUCCGGUGGCUGAGCGCGAGCAAGCCUUAGGACUUCCACCUGGGGCAGCGACCGGAUCGCUAUCCGAUCUCCUUAAAAACCUCCAAGAUAGUAAUCUUCUCCCGAAAACACUCACCCCGGACAACAUCGACAACUCCAUCCGUACGCUGGUGAAGAUUCUGAACAAUCUGAAAGCUAACGGUCACCACCGGCCGGAGGAAAUAGAACGUCCCGAGCUAGCCGAACCAGCUUACGAGCAUCCGAACUACACGACCGUUGAGCCAGACGCGUAUGUCGAUGCGGACAAGUACCGGGCGGGGCCUCCGAUGCUGAUCAACAAGAUUGUAUCACCGGGACCGAACACCGGCAAACCGGGCAUCGAUUACCCGGCCCUGGCAGAGAUCCCGGAAACGAGCUUCAAGUGUAAGGAUCAACGGUACAAGGGCUUCUUUGGCGAUCCGGAAACGAACUGCCAGGUGUGGCACUAUUGCGACCUGAACGGUGGUAAGGCGUCCUUCCUCUGUCCGAACGGGACCAUCUUCAGUCAGGUUGCUCUGACAUGUGAUUGGUGGUUCAACGUGAAAUGCUCCACCACGGCGCAACUCUACGUGCUAAACGAACGGCUGUACAAGUACAUUCUCCCGUUCACACCCAAGUUCCCCGAGGAUUACAGUGGACCACUCGUGGAUAAAUAUCUUGCCCUCAAAUUCCAGGAGAUGGAAGAAAAGAUGAAGCAACAGCGUGCCAAGGGAGCCAAGCAAGGUUCGAUCGAGAUCCCGAACGCCGUCCCGGAGAACGAUGAGGUGAACGGCAACACGCUGGAAGACAACGACGAGCGGUACAAUCAGAAUCAACCCUAUCCGAUUAAGUACGUCACGACGGAAGCGGUCCCGGAGCGUGCCUCCGUAACACCGGCACAUCCCACCAAACCGGUCGUCUCGAUGCCAUCCGGCCGUCCUUCGCCGUCCGUACCAAUCACGCUCGAAGACAUCGAUGCGGAACUGCAGCGUGGUAACGAUGCCGGUGGAAUGAUUGAGUCUUCCAGCCCCACCAGCAGUACGCUGCGUCCUUCCUCCAUGGCUGGUAUGUCCGAGGAAGAGCAGCAAGAUGAUGAUGAUGAUGGAAGGCCACCGGCAUCCUCGAUGUACAGGACCUCGUCCGUUCCAACCACCACGACGCUCAUCAUCGCGACCGAGGAACCUCCGAUCGAUCCGUUCCGUUCGGCGGAAGACAUGAUGAUCGAAGGUCGGGAAGAGGACGAUUACACGAACGUGCUGAACACGGACCACCCGGUCGGUGUGUCGCCCCUGCACAGCCAUCCAACGGCGGCCGCACCCAUCGUGAGCAAGAUACGCCGCAUUGAGGUUAAAAACGAUGGCACCAGUGGGCAUCUCGUACGGAAUCCUGGUUACGAGCGAAGAAGGAAAAGGUGAACGGGGAGCAUGGGAGGACAUCCCGUGGGAUGUGUUGAUGCGGGAUCAAUACUCAAUACGAAACUCAAUAAACUUUUGUACAAUAUUGUAGUAAUAAUAUAAAUUACAUCGAAAGCUCGU